GAUAGAAAGAGAGAAAGUGGCAAUUUUUUACGUUCAUGCAUCAAGGUCAUAAGGUUUGUAAUUAAUUAUGUUUUUCAAAUAGAUAUGUAGAGUAACAUUUCUGAAGCUACAAGCAUGUGGCAAAAGCAUGUUUGAGGAAAUCAUGGAAAACUACAGAAUGAAUGGAUUAAUACCAAGAGUUCACGGAAAUGCUGGAAAGACACCAAGCCAUGCUUUGACUUAUCAUGAUAUUCUCCGGGUUGUUGCUUUCAUCAGAAAUUACGCUGAAGUCCAUGGAAUCAGUCUUCCUAGAAGAACACCUGGAAUGAAAAGUUACGAGAAUAAGAAGUUCUUACCAUGCAAUACAUCUAAAAGGCAGGUAUACUUAGAGUAUGCGGAAUCAUGUGAAGGGCUUAAUGUCAAAGCAUGUGCUGAAACAUGUUGUGGUGACGCUACCUGCCUUGUAUUGAAGAAAUGAAGCCUAUGUCGGACUUGUGUGCCACUCAGAUGAAAGGAUAACUGAGGUAAGUCAGUAUUGUAAUAACACAAGUAUUAUAUUUAGAAUUCUCAGGCAAUGCAAAAAGGCACUAAAUCACAGAAGUCUUGUUAAAAA